AUGCAACGACUACAGUUCUCACAAGAUGGUGGAGAUAAUGAUAUAGACAUACUCACAGAUACCAACAUGGCUACUGUGCAAGCGAAUUUUGAUGAAUGGUUGAGGAUGUCCACCGAUAAUAAGAUCAAUUCGAGAAACUCUUGGAAUUUCGCGUUGAUCGAUUACUUUUAUGAUUUAAAUCUAUUAAAGGAUUCAGAAAAUAAUAUCAAUUUUCAAAAGGCCUCGGCAACUUUGGAUGGUUGUGUCAAGAUUUAUUCAUCAAGAGUAGAUUCAGUGAGUAAUGAGACUGGGAAAUUGCUUAGUGGUUUAGCACAAAGAAAUAAAGAAAAGGAAAAUGCAGCAACUAAGAAUGGUAAUUCGAAUGGUACAUCUAAUUCAACCGAUAAUACAACAAGGGGCGCUAGAAAUGGUGGAGGUGAUGAUAAUCGCAAUAAUAAUAGUAAUAAUAAUGAUGAUGAUGAUGAUGACGAUGAUGAUAAUAUACGAAUUGAUCCAACUACAGGUUUAAUUAUUGCCACAGAGAAUGAAAUAGUUAACACAAAGAGAAGAACUCAUAAUCGUAUGUUGGAGACCACAUUAGUAGAGUUUAACCAGAUCAAGUUGAAAGAAUUAGAUAAAGAGUUGAAUAUCGAUCCAUUGUUCAAACGGGCCCUGGUUAAUUUUGAUGAAGGUGGGUCAAAGAGUCUUUUAUUAAAUACAUUGAAUAUUAAUAAAUACGCAAGAAUCAUUUUUGAUGCUUCCAUGACAGAUUUGACCUCGACAACUCCAAAGGAUCUAACUAUAAAGAAGGAACAAGAAUUGGAAGAAGCAGAGUUGAGUAAGAUUAUGAAUAAAUCUGACCAAAUAGACUCACAUUCAAGUGUCAUAAAUGAUACUUCUCAUUCAAAUAUAACGAGUAAAAGUUUCAUUUUGGAUGAAAGUAUAGGUGAUACUACAGAGAACUUCAUACAAGAUGAAAUCUUACAAUUGGGUAUGGAUUAUUUGAAUUUUAAUAUGAUCAAUACUUGUGAAAUCUCUUCCUCCAUCCAAAACUUGAGAGAUACAAUCAAUGAUACUUCUAGAGUGAAAAAUUUUAUCAAUAACAUUAAUUAUAAUAAUACAAAACCAGUUGAUACACAUGCUACUUCACCUCAUGAAAAUUAUGAUAAUUUCUUAAGUGAAAAGGAAUUGAAUGAUGCCAUCCCAGAUCCAAAUGAUUUCCAUGAUGUAGAUGAAAAAAACUUUAACGAUUAUGAUGAUGAUGGUGUUGAUGAUGACGUUGAUAUUGGAAUGGAUAAUCCUCAAGACGAUAUAGAUGAACAGCAAAAUCAAACUGGGAUUAGUAAUAUAGCAAACACUUCGAUUGUUUCUAAGCCUUCUGAUGUGAUCACAAGUAUGACAAAUGUGUUUGAACAAGAUCUAAUGGCAUAUUUCGAUGAAACUUUGAAAAAGACUUGGCGUGGGAGAGAGCAUUGGAAAGUCACUAAUAUUAAGCAAACGAUUUUGAAAAACAAUUCGAAUUCAAAUUCAAAAUUGAAUGCAAUAGUAGAGGAUGCAAAUGGUUCUACAAAUCAACUUACAGGCUCUAAUGCAUCUACGGCUAGAUCUACCAAGAAAAAACAAUUUGAAGAAAUUGAUUUUUUUGAUAUCGAUGAUAAUUUAGAAGACAAAAUAUUUGUUACAAGACAACCAAAACAAAUUGAAAUACCUCAAAAACAAAGGAUCAAUAAAUCUUGUUUCUUAUUACCUGAUGAUCAUCAUUUUACUACUGAUAGAAUUACAAACCUUUUCAUUAAACCAAAACAAAAGAUUAAAGUGUUUACUACAAAGAAAUUAGAACAGCAACAGCAACAACAGCAACCAUCUAAUGAGAUUGUUGAAAAUGAUUCACGAUUUAUAGAAGACAUUGGAAGAUAUAAUUUAUCCUCUGCAGAUUUAAACGAAUAUAACAGUAAAGAUGAUCAUAAUAACGAAAUACCGAAUGACGUACCUGCCAUGGCAGAUGAACAAUUUUGGGCGCAAGAAUAUAAAGAUAAAGAACAAGCACUUCUUGAUAAAGAGAAAUUUAUUAAUGGAACGGAUAUCAUAUCCAAAGAUCCUCAUAAUCCAUUUGACGAAAAUGAUAAUGGGAUCGAUUUCAAUCAAGCUUUUGUUGAUGAUAUUGGAAGUGGUGGUUUGGGAAUGAUGGAUGAAAGUGAUAAUAGUUUACCACAGAUAAAUAAGGAUACUGAACUAGUUGCUGAUGAAAAAUUUCAACCUUCACAAUUGGAAUCCAAUAAAGUUGCAUAUUCUAGGGUUUCGAAAAAAGUGGAUGUUAGAAAAUUGAAAAAUAAUCUUUGGAAAUCAAUACAUAAGAUUGUUCGAAAUAAGAAAUCUUUAAAGGAGACAAAUAAAAAAGAUAUGGAGGAAGAAAGUAAUGAUAAUUCAAAUACAACUAAUAAUACCCAUUCAAACGGCAACACAAUAAUUAUUAAAUUUACAGAAAUUACAUAUGAAAUCAGUAAGAUGUAUCCACCUCAAUUGAGAAAUGAUUUAUCUACUAGUUUUUGUUUCAUCUGUUUAUUACAUCUUGCCAAUGAGCAUGGACUAAAAAUUAAUAAUGCAGAAAAUUUUGAAGAUUUAAUUGUUGAGUAUCAUAUUAAGACAUAA